AGUAAGCAGAGGGGAAAAUAGCUUUUUCCUACCGGUCAGGUAGCCGUCACCGCCAUCCAUGAUAUCAAAUCGAAUCCUCUAUUUUUUGCACAGCUGUGUCUCUGCCUCUCAGAUUCACCAAAUUCAAGCGCAACUCAUCCUCCAAAGCCUCCAUACUAACCCCACCAUUGCCAACAGCUUCAUCAAGUCUUGCCUUGCUCUUGGCCUCUCGAAAAAUGCUCACUUUGUUCUCACCUACCACCCAGAACCGCAUGUCUUCUUCUGCAACUCCGUCAUCAGGGCCCUUUGUCAUUCCAAAAUCCCAGACAUUCCGUUCUCUAUAUACAGACACAUGCAUAAAAACUCAAUUUUGCCCAAUAACUAUACGUUUCCUUUCCUGUUUAAGUCCCUGGCUGAUUUCCAUGAGCUCAAUCUUGGGCAGAUGGUACAUGGUCAUGUCAUAAAAUUGGGUCAUGGGGAUGAUAUUUAUGUACAGAAUUCUCUGUUGAGUGUCUAUGCGUCGUGUGGCCGAAUGGGGUUGUGUCGCCAAGUGUUUGAUGAAAUGCGUGAGAGAGAUGUUGUGUCGUGGACCGUUUUGAUUACGGGAUAUAGGAGUGCUAGGAAGUAUGAUGAUGCGUUGAUUACCUUUGAGCAGAUGCAAUAUGCGGGUGUGGAGCCCAAUCGUGUGACCAUGGUUAAUGCAUUGGCUGCUUGUGCAAGUUUUGGUGCUAUUGAAAUGGGAGUUUGGAUCCAUGAUUUUUUGAGGAGGAAAGGGUGGGAGUUGGAUGUGAUUUUGGGUACCACUUUGGUUGAUAUGUAUGGGAAAUGUGGGAGGAUUGAAGAAGGGUUGAGUGUCUUCCGUAGCAUGAAAGAGAAAAAUGUUUACACUUGGAAUGCUGUGAUUAAUGGGUUAGCUCUUGCUGAAAGUGGGAAGGAGGCAGUUUGGUGGUUUAAUAGAAUGGUGCAAGAAGGUUUUAAGCCUGAUGAUGUGACAUUGGUAGAGUUGCUUUGUGCUUGUAGUCACUCUGGUUUAGUGGAUACAGGUCGGAAAAUAUUUACUUCACUGCUUGAAGGGAGGUAUGGAUUUUUGCCUGCGGCAAAACAUUACGCAUGCAUGAUUGACUUGUUGGGACGUGCAGGGUGUCUUGAUGAUGCUUUUAGCUUAAUCAGGAAAAUGCCAUUUGAGCCUACAAAAUCUAUGUGGGGAUCAUUGCUGACUUGUUGUAGAACUUAUGGAAACUUGGAAUUGAGUGAGUAUGCAGCUAAGAAGCUUGUGGAGUUGGAGCCAGAGAAUAGUGCUUAUUAUGUUGUGUUGUCCAAUUUGUAUGCUGAGAUGGGCAGAUGGGAUGAUGUUGUGAAAAUGAGGGAUUUGAUGAAAGACAGAGGACUUAAGAAGGACCUCGGUUCUAGCUCUUUAGAACAUGAACCAAGGGAAUUAUUUGGGAACUAUUAGCAUUACAACUAAUCUGUCCCAUUGCCAUUGCAUGUUUAAGUACUGUCCCUGAUGCCUUUCACCGGGGAGUCUGUUUUGCCAGGUGAGCCAAGAGCAAUGAUGAGGUUAUCUAUAGCUCAAGAAUUGCACCAAGAAACUCAAUGUAGUGUCAUGUUAGUUUGCUUUCUAUACGACGACCGUGCAGCUUCUCCUUUAUAGCUGUCCAGUGGAAAUCAGAGGAAGUUUUCAAUGUAUACCAGCAACCUCUGUCUCAUCACAGGGAAAAGAUGCUCCUUAAGUUACAAACAUUACUGUCGAACAUUUCGAUACCUAUUUUAAUAUAUCUUUAUAUGUUGU